AUGAAAUUUUUGAUUACUUUUUUAUUCUUUAUUAUUAACAAUUUUAUUUUAAACCUGAAUGCAUUAAAAAGUGAUUUUCAUGUGGAGGUGGUACCGAAAGAACAUUCUUGGAAUAUUAAAAUAUUUUGUCAAGAAUGUUUAAAUGAAAAAUACAAAAAAGUAUUACCCAAAGAUUACGUAGGUACAACAUUCACCCUUGAACAUGAAGAAGGUAUUAGUGGGUUACAUGUAGUAAUUAAGUCAACAGAAAAAAUUCUUGGUCAUCAAAGGGUAAAUUUUAUUUUAUACAAAAAAUUUAAAUAUGUAUAUCUGAUGCAUAAAGACAUUUCUUUUUUAAUAUCAAAAUUAUAA